GCAAAAGAAAAGAGCAAAAAGAGGAGAGUGGGUUUGGUCUCAGGGACACACGCAAUCUCAGUGCCAUUUGUCUUUUCUCUCUUUAAGCACUUUACCAAAGAUCUAGAGAGACAGAGAGAUAUGUCGUGUUCAUCCUCGUCUGGAUCAGAAGGUGAAGAAGAAGGCUUCGAUUCUUACCGCAAAGGUGGUUAUCACGCCGUCAGGAUCGGCGAUCCUUUCUCCGCCGGUCGUUACAUCGCUCAGAGAAAGCUUGGCUGGGGUCAAUUCUCCACCGUCUGGCUUGCCUACGACACUCUCUCCUCUAGCUAUGUUGCUUUGAAGAUUCAAAAAAGUGCACAGCAAUUCGCACAAGCCGCACUCCACGAAAUCGAGUUCCUUUCAGCUGCUUCCGACGGAGACCUCCAAAACACCAAAUGCGUUGUCCGUCUCAUCGACCAUUUCAAGCACGCUGGCCCCAACGGGCAGCACUUAUGCAUGGUGCUCGAGUUUCUCGGAGACAGCCUUCUCCGUUUGAUCAGAUACAACCAUUACAAAGGUCUGAAGCUAGACAAAGUCAAGGAGAUUUGCAGAUGUAUACUAACCGGUUUGGAUUACUUGCACCACGAGCUCGGCAUGAUACAUUCCGAUUUAAAACCUGAAAACAUCCUUCUUGUUUCCACCAUUGACCCUGGUAAAGAUCCGGUUAGAUCCGGUUUAACUCCGUUGUUGGAAAAGCCUGAGGGGAACGCAAACGGUGGUGGUGGUGGUAGUUCGACGAUGAAUCUGAUUGAGAAGAGGUUGAAGAGGAGAGCGAAGAGAGCUGUUGCUAAGAUCUCGGAGAGGAGGGUUUCGAUGGUGGGUGAAGAGGCGUCGUCCAAGAGUGAGAGGAGUCUCGAUGGGAUUGAUAUGAGAUGCAAAGUGGUGGACUUUGGUAACGCUUGCUGGGCUGAUAAACAGUUUGCUGAAGAGAUACAGACGAGACAGUACAGAGCUCCUGAGGUGAUAUUAAAGUCUGGUUACUCGUUCUCUGUUGACAUGUGGUCUUUUGGUUGUACUGCUUUCGAGCUUGUCACGGGUGAUAUGUUGUUUGCUCCUAAAGAAGGGAAUGGUUAUGGAGAAGACGAGGAUCAUCUUGCUCUUAUGAUGGAGCUUCUAGGGAAAAUGCCGAGAAAGAUUGCUAUUGGUGGAGCGAGGUCUAAAGACUAUUUUGACAGACAUGGGGAUUUGAAGAGGAUCCGGCGGUUGAAGUAUUGGCCGCUGGAUCGGUUGCUGGUGGAUAAAUACAAGCUUCCGGAAGGAGAAGCGAAGGAGUUUGCUGAGUUUCUGAGUCCGGUUCUGGAGUUUGCGCCGGAGAAACGACCAACUGCUCAGCAGUGCUUGGAGCAUCCAUGGAUGAAUGUAGUAAGUACACAGAAGAAUGCAGAUAGUGUAGAAUCCCAAGUGAGGAACUUGAAGAUCAAAGGGUGAACAGAAACUCUCAGCUUCGUCUUUUUGUUCUGUCUCUUUUUUUUUCCUUCACACCUUUGUUCUUGUACUUCUUUUUGAAUUUCGAUAUUUUUAUGCUUUUUUUGUCUUGUUUUAUUGUUUUUUUUUUUGUCUUUUUGGGGAACUAUGAUUAUAUUGGUUAACCAUCGA